AUGGUGUCCGUCGACGCCGCCUCGGCGACGCUGACGGCGGCCGCGUCCCUCUGCUCCUCCACGCUCUACCCGGCCCUCGGCGUCAUCACCCUUCCCGACCUUGGCCUGCCCAUCACCCUCGCCGAACCACUCGUGCAGCAGGUCCCCUGUGUGCCUCUGUUACCGCGCGCCGACAGCCAAGACGGCGGCAGUAGCAGCAGCGGCAGCAGUAGCGCCGAAUCGAAACAGGGCGCGACGACGAGUGUCACGCCCAUCACCACAUCCGCUUCCGCAGAGGCGGCCGCCGUUACGAAACCCACAUCCACCGACGACGGCAACAUUACAAUAUCGGACAUUGUCGUCACCGCGACCACGGGCACCGCCACCGCCUCGGCCACGCUCAACUUUCACAACGGCGAUGACAACCCCAAGACGGUGCACAUAUCCAGCUUCGGCGACCCCUUCUACCUGUCCACCUCGCCCAUCAUAUACGCCCUCUCCGCGUGCACCAUUGUCUCCUGGAUGCUCGUCAUUGCCCUCUUCAUCACCACCCGCUCCACGUUCGACGGCGGCAUCGUAUACCUCGGCAGCCGGGGGAGCUUCACUGGCAGCUCCUCCUCGGGCGGCAUCAGCAUUGGCGGCCGCCCCUGGCUGCAAAAGAUUGCCGCCCUGACCGUCGCCAUAUCCCUCACCAUCGCCACGGCUGACACAAUGUCCAUUGUCAAGGACCAGUACAUCUGGGGCGUCACCAACGCCCGCCAGCUGCAGCGCGACGUCAUGUCCCGCAUGGAGCUCAAAGUCAUUCGAAUCAUAUCCGACACCUUUCUCUGGCUCGCACAAGCCCAGACCCUCAUCCGACUCUUUCCUCGGCACCGCGAAAAGGUUGUCAUUAAAUGGGUAGCUUUUGCACUAAUCAGCCUCGACAUUGUCUUCUCCUCGCUCAACAGCUUUCCUUUCGGGGAAUACGACAUCUUAAACGGCAACUACUCCGAUCCAAACGAGAACGGCGACGGCAAUUCUAACAAGGGCCUCGCCCACCCCAUCCCCGCCAUUAGCUAUGUUUUCAAGCUCUCGCUAGGGCUCCUUUACUUUUUCUGGGUCUCCUACUACGCAUUCUUGAAGCGACGGUAUGCCUUUUAUCACCCGCUUAUGAAAAACAUCAGCCUUGUCGCGGUCAUCUCACUGCUCGCCAUCACCGUGCCUAUUGUCUUCUUUAUUCUCGACAUUUCGAAACCAAACUUUACAGCCUGGGGCGACUAUGUUCGCUGGGUCGGCGCCGCCGCUGCCAGUGUCGUUGUGUGGGAAUGGGUCGAACGAAUAGAGGCCCUAGAAAGAGAGGAAAAGAAGGACGGCGUGCUCGGCCGUGAAGUGUACGACGGAGACGACAUGCUCGAAAUCAACGCCGCCGAAUACCCUUGGCGCCAUAAACAUGGCAAGUUUGGAGGAAGCGGUAGUAGCGGUGGAAGUCAUGGCAUGGAUUUGGAAGGCGGCCAGCUACAUCAUCGAUCCAACGGACAUGCCCUUGGUCCAGGCGGCUUUCAAAAUGGCCAGACCGGGCCAACCUCGCACGAACACGAAGGCCGGAGUAUGGGUGACAUACUGCGACCGCAACUUUGGUCGCAGCGAGCAGCACAGGCUGCGACGCCCAUAAGCAGAACGGAUACGCCCAGCGCAGCCAGCACGGUGUACGCCGUUCGAUAUCAGGGAGAAUCGAGAACGCCAGAGCCGCCCAUGCCCUAUUAUACGCAUACGUCUGAUUUAGCGCGACACCCAAGCGGGCCGCACAGUUACAGCGAGGAUGCUCAUGACGCACGAAGUCAUAAUGGACGAGGCACAGGUGCAAGAUACUCACCAGAUACGACUGGCGACGCUGCACACGUCGCAAGCGAAAUCAGUAGAGAGCCAAGCACGACAGUACCUCCGCGCGCAAGGAUCAUGCGCUCGGUAUCAUACAGCAACGAGCCGGAGGUUCAAGAUGGUGCCGACGACCAGCACACCGUAACUCGGGCCAUGGACUUUAACACCAUCACAGCAGGCAGCCGAGGGGGGCGGGGCGGCAGAUGGGAUAUACGUGGACGCCUAGAGGACUUUGCGGCAUCACAGGCCGACCGCUUCCGUGACAAGUUCCAUCCUUCCACAGAUACCGACAAGCUGCCCGUCACGGUAGUGCCGGCACCGCCUCGUGUCGGUGCCGCGCUGCAGCAAGUUCUAGAAGAAGACGAGGAGGGCAGCGAGGCACGACGGCAACACCAGCCUGCGCAGUCGCCGUCUCAGGCCGGGAGUAUCUACGGCGGCAGCUCGGCCAUUGACGCCGCGGCGUCGACGGCGUCGGAGCGGUACGCCAACGCGCCUACGCGAUCGUCACCCGCCCGCAGCCGACCGUCGCCGCUUCCCCUACCGGUGAACCAGCCGCCUCUAUGGCCGGGCGUGAACCGUCGCGCCGCUACGCUUGACGAUGAGGAUGACGAUGAGUCAUUUGAAGGCGAGGAAGACGAGGAAGACGAGGGUCAGUCGACGACGGACGAUGUGUCGUCUGUGCUCUCCCGGGAGCGGCCGCACGGAUCGUCGGCGUCCCGGACGGGAUAG